AUGCCAGUACGUCGCCCGAUGCCGUGAAGAGGAGCCAUUGGUGCAACGUGGCCUAUUGGGAGCACCGGACGCGCGUCGGCCGCCUCUACACAGUGUACGAACAGUCUGUCAGUAUCUUCUAUGACCUACCUCAAGGAAACGGCUUCUGCCUCGGACAGCUAAACCUGGAAAACAGGAGCGAGACUGUGAGAAGGACUCGAAGUAAAAUCGGCUACGGGAUUUUACUUAGCAAAGAGCCGGACGGUGUGUGGGCCUACAACCGCAGCGAGCAUCCCAUCUUCGUCAACUCCCCGACACUGGACAUCCCCAACUGUAGGACUUUGAUAGUGCGCAAGGUGAUGCCGGGCUACUCCAUCAAGGUGUUUGACUACGAAAAGUCCUGCCUCUUGCAGCACACGGCCGAGCUGGAUUACGCCGACGGGCCCUACGACCCGAACAGCGUGCGGAUUAGCUUCGCCAAAGGCUGGGGGCCGUGUUACUCGAGACAGUUUAUCACGUCGUGUCCUUGUUGGCUGGAGAUCUUACUCAGUAACAAUCGAUAACGGUCGGCCUCUGCCGCAAGGAAAAAGGAGAAAAUUUUAAAAAAAAUAAAAUAAAAAAGAAGACACAGACUAUCCCAAAUAU